AAUCUCAGCCAUUAUAUCAGGAUACACGGAAUCUCAGCCAUCCUAUCACAAUACACGGAAUCUCAGCAAUUAUAUCAGGAUACACGGAAUCUCAGCAAUUAUAUCAGGAUACACGGAAUCUCAGCCAUCCUAUCACAAUACACGGAAUCUCAGCCAUCUUAUCACAAUACACAGAAUCUCAGCCAUUAUAUCAGAAUACACGGAAUUUCAGAAACCCUAUUACAAUACAUGGAAUCUCAGCCACCCUAUCACAAUACAUGGAAUCUCAGCCAUUAUAUCAGGAUACAAGGAAUCUCAGCCAUUAUAUCAGGAUACACGGAAUCUCAGCCAUGCUAUCACAAUACGCGGUAUCUCAGCCAACCUAUCACAAUAUAUGGAAUCUCAGCCAUCCUAUCACAAUACAUGGAAUCUCAGCCACCCUAUCACAAUACGCGGUAUCUCAGCCAACCUAUCACAAUAUAUGGAAUCUCAGCCAUCCUAUCACAAUACACGGAAUCUCAGCUAUCCUAUCACAAUACACGGAAUCUCAGCCACCCUAUCACAAUACACGGAAUCUCAGCCAUCCUAUCACAAUACGCGGAAUCUCAGCCAUCCUAUCACAAUACAUGGAAUCUCAGCCAUCCUAUCACAAUACACGGAAUCUCAGCCACCCUAUCACAAUACACGGAAUCUCAGCUAUCCUAUCACAAUACACGGAAUCUCAGCCAUCCUAUCACAAUACAUGGAAUCUCAGCCAUCCUAUCACAAUACACGAAAUCUCAGCCACCCUAUCACAAUACAUGGAAUCUCAGCUAUCCUAUCACAAUACAUGGAAUCUCAGACAUUCUAUCACAAUACAUGGAAUCUCAGCCAUCCUAUCACAAUACAUGGAAUCUCAGCCAUCCUAUCACAAUACACGAAAUCUCAGCCACCCUAUCACAAUACACGGAAUCUCAGCCAUCCUAUCACAAUACGCGGAAUCUCAGCUAUCCUAUCACAAUACAUGGAAUCUCAGACAUUCUAUCACAAUACAUGGAAUCUCAGCCAUCCUAUCACAAUACACGAAAUCUCAGCCACCCUAUCACAAUACACGGAAUCUCAGCCAUCCUAUCACAAUACGCGGAAUCUCAGCUAUCCUAUCACAAUACACGAAAUCUCAGCCACCCUAUCACAAUACGCGGAAUCUCAGCUAUCCUAUCACAAUACAUGGAAUCUCAGAAAUUCUAUCACAAUACAUGGAAUCUCAGCCAUCCUAUCACAAUACAUGGAAUCUCAGCCAUCCUAUCACAAUACGCGGAAUCUCAGCUAUCCUAUCACAAUACAUGGAAUCUCAGACAUUCUAUCACAAUACAUGGAAUCUCAGCCAUCCUAUCACAAUACACGAAAUCUCAGCCACCCUAUCACAAUACACGGAAUCUCAGCCAUCCUAUCACAAUACGCGGAAUCUCAGCUAUCCUAUCACAAUACAUGGAAUCUCAGACAUUCUAUCACAAUACAUGGAAUCUCAGACAUCCUAUCACAAUACAUGGAAUUUCAGACAUUCUAUCACAAUACAUGGAAUCUCAGCCACCCUAUCACAAUACACGGAAUCUCAGCCAUCCUAUCACAAUACAUGGAAUCUCAGCCAUCCUAUCACAAUACACGGAAUCUCAGCCACCCUAUCACAAUACACGGUAUCUCAGCCACCCUAUCACAAUACACGGAAUCUCAGCCAUCCUAUCACAAUACAUGGAAUCUCAGCCAUCCUAUCACAAUAUAUGGAAUCUCAGCCAUCCUAUCACAAUACACGGAAUCUCAGCUAUCCUAUCACAAUACACGGAAUCUCAGCCACCCUAUCACAAUACACGGAAUCUCAGCCAUCCUAUCACAAUACGCGGAAUCUCAGCCAUCCUAUCACAAUACAUGGAAUCUCAGCCAUCCUAUCACAAUACACGGAAUCUCAGCCACCCUAUCACAAUACGCGGUAUCUCAGCCAUCCUAUCACAAUACACGGAAUCUCAGCCACCCUAUCACAAUACGCGGUAUCUCAGCCAUCCUAUCACAAUACACGGAAUCUCAGCCAUCCUAUCACAAUACAUGGAAUUUCAGCCAUCCUAUCACAAUACAUGGAAUCUCAGCCAUCCUAUCACAAUACACGAAAUCUCAGCCACCCUAUCACAAUACAUGGAAUCUCAGCUAUCCUAUCACAAUACAUGGAAUCUCAGACAUUCUAUCACAAUACAUGGAAUCUCAGCCAUCCUAUCACAAUACAUGGAAUCUCAGCCAUCCUAUCACAAUACACGAAAUCUCAGCCACCCUAUCACAAUACACGGAAUCUCAGCCAUCCUAUCACAAUGCGGAAUCUCAGCUAUCCUAUCACAAUACACGAAAUCUCAGCCACCCUAUCACAAUACGCGGAAUCUCAGCUAUCCUAUCACAAUACAUGGAAUCUCAGAAAUUCUAUCACAAUACAUGGAAUCUCAGCCAUCCUAUCACAAUACAUGGAAUCUCAGCCAUCCUAUCACAAUACGCGGAAUCUCAGCUAUCCUAUCACAAUACAUGGAAUCUCAGACAUUCUAUCACAAUACAUGGAAUCUCAGCCAUCCUAUCACAAUACACGAAAUCUCAGCCACCCUAUCACAAUACACGGAAUCUCAGCCAUCCUAUCACAAUACGCGGAAUCUCAGCUAUCCUAUCACAAUACACGGAAUCUCAGACAUCCUAUCACAAUACAUGGAAUUUCAGCCAUCCUAUCACAAUACACGAAAUCUCAGCCACCCUAUCACAAUACACGGAAUCUCAGCCAUCCUAUCACAAUACAUGGAAUCUCAGCCAUCCUAUCACAAUACACGGAAUCUCAGCCACCCUAUCACAAUACACGGAAUCUCAGCCACCCUAUCACAAUACGCG